AUGGGGGAUUUCAAUGAAGUUAGAGAUGACUCUGAGAGAUUCGGUUCGAAUUUCAACUCGUCCUCUGCGAGAGCCUUUAAUGAUUUUAUUAAUUCUCUUGACCUUGUGGAUAUUCCUUUGGGUGGCCCUCGAUUUACUUGGAACGAUAAAUGGGGUUCCAAAUUUAGCAAGCUUGAUAUAUUUUUGGUAACGGAGGGUUUUAUGGAUACGUUUCCUCAUCUUUCAGUUAUUGUCUUGGAAAAGAAUAUUCCUGAUCAUCGCCCUAUUCUUCUCCUGGAGCAUCGGGUUGACUAUGGCCUAACUCCUUUUCGUUUAUUUCACUCUUGGUUUGAUAUGGAGGGUUUUGAUAACAUUGUUCGGGAGACUUGGGCUACCUCGUUAGUAGGGACGGAGUUGACUAACCAUUGGAUUAUUUUUAAGAAAAAGCUCCAACUUCUUAAAUCUAGCCUUAGGGUGUGGAACUCCAAACACCGAGAUAUGGUGGUUAGUAAAAGGAAGAAUCUGCAAGAUUUAUUAGAUUCUAUUGAUACUACGCUCAUGGACGAUGAAGGCUCUGCCAAUUUAAGAGAGCAAAGAGUCUCUUUAACGAAGGAGCUGUCGGAUCUCGAUCACUUGGUUCAAGCUGACCUUGCUCAUAAAGCUAAAAUCCAGAGACAAACUGCUAUUCGUGGUUUGAUGAUUGACGGUGUGUGGGAGGAUUAUCCGGUUAAGGUUAAAAAGGGGUUUCACGAUUAUUUCCAAUCUCUGUUUCAGCAACAUUCUUCGUGGAGACCGGCGGUUUGGGACUAUGGCUCUAACAAAGCCCCUGGCCCCGAUGGGUUCACUUUCGGUUUUUUAAAGAGAUAUUGGGACCUUGUUGCUACCGAUGUUGAGGCCUUUGUUCAUCACUUUUACCAUCAUUCUGUUAUUCCCAAAGGAUGUAAUGCCACGUUCUUCUCUAUUAUCCCAAAAGUCAGAGAUCUGAAGACUCCUAAAGAUUUUAGACCCAUUAGUCUCAUUUGUUGCCAAUACAAAAUUAUUGGCAAACUUCUGACUAAUCGUCUGGUGGAGGUUAUUCAUAGUGUUGUUAGCCUUGAGCAAUCUGCUUUUAUCAAAGGCAGACAGAUUCUGGAUGGUCCUUUUCUUCUUAACGAAUUGGUUGCAUGGAGCAAGUCUUCCAAAAAUCCUUUGUUGCUCUUUAAGGUUGAUUACGAGAAGGCUUUUGAUUCCUUAUCUUGGGAUUACUUACUAGAAAUCAUGUCUAUUAUGGGAUUCAGAUCUAUGUAG